GCCGCCAUGUCGUCGUCACCGGAUAAGCCACGGCGAUCUCUCCUAUCCUCUCGCCGACGCAAAAACCACACAAAAACGCGCGCCAACCACCGCACCGCACCGCACCUUCUGGUCCACGUCGUCGACGGGCGCCGCCAUGACCAUGCUCGCCUCCCUCCUCUCCCCUUCCCCUCUCCUCUCCUCGACGUCAUCGCAGCAGCCGCAGGCCGUGAGGGUCCCGCCGGCGGCGAAGCAGCCGCUCGCCGCCAAGGUCGCGGCGGUGGCGGCGGCCGGGCUGCUGGUGCUGUCCCCGGCGGUGGUGGCGGCGGCCGAGGAGCCGGAGUUCAAGGUGUACUACGGCACGGCGGCGAGCGCGGCGAACUACGGCGGGUACGGCGGCAACGCGAGCAAGAAGGACGCGGCGGAGUACGUGUACGAGGUGCCGGAGGGGUGGAAGGAGCGGCUGGUGUCCAAGGUGGAGAAGGGCACCAACGGCACGGACAGCGAGUUCUUCAACCCGCGGAAGCGGUCGGAGCGGGAGUACCUCACCUUCCUCGCCGGCUUCCGGGCGCUCGCGCCGGUGAGCGCCGUGCUCGACAACCUCGCGCUCUCCGACGUCGGGCUGCAGGACCAGAUCUCCUCGGCGGACGGCGUGCGGUCGGUGGAGCGCACCGACGGGAGCGGGCAGCUGUACUACGACUACGAGAUCGCCGGCGCCGGCGCGCACAGCCUCAUCUCGGUGACGUGCGCGCGGAACAAGCUGUACGCGCACUUCGUGACGGCGCCCAACCCGGAGUGGAGCCGCGACGAGGCCGUCCUCCGCCGGCUGCACCAGUCGUUCAAGACCGUCGACCCCGCCGGCCCGUCGCCCUCCACCUCCUAGCACAAGGCAAUGCGCCGCCGGCCGGAGCCCAUGGCUCAGUUGGCUUGGAUGCAAGUGACGACGACGACUCGAUCGAGCGGAGAGAGAGCGGCUGGACGAAAUAAUUUCUAGCUUGCUGCGCGCGAUGUGUAAUUAAUUAAGCAGUUUUGUAUAGGGAGGAGGACGAGGUGAUUAAUUGUCAAGUAUGCGCGUGCUUAAUAAAAACAUGGUUCUGUGAAUUAUUUUGGUCCA